AUGGAGCGACUUCUGAAAGGAGCAAAGAGCGUCGGAAAUCGUUCUUUGCGAGAAGUGCCGAAGUCUUCCGGAAAGAGCCGAAAAACUGAGAGACUAGGCCCAAAGCCGGCCACGAAAGCUACCGAGAGCUUCCGGAGAGAGCCGAGGAGUCGAGUAGCGAGGCUGACUAAGGUGCCGAGUGAGCACGGAGAUAGCCGAAGGGAUGAGAGGCGGGGUCACGAGCCUCUCCAGAGAGGCGCCGAAGACUUUGAAAAGAGCCGAAGGUUAGGAGGCGGAACCGCUCCCGUAGGCCGGAUGUCGGAGGUGGAGGCGUCGAGUGGCCGAAGAAACCCGAGGGUUUCCGGAGUGAGCCGAAGCCUCGCGACAGUUUCCGGAGAGAGCGGAUCGGCUCCGAGCUGCCGCGCCGACCGCAGAAUAUCUGCCCCUGUUGUCUUUUUUGUGGACUAUGCUUCCAACUGCUUGUAUAUGGAAGAAAUCGAAGGCUCCGUGACUGUUCGAGAUUAUAUUCAGUCCACCUUGGAGACUGAAAAAACUCCCCAGAGUCUCUUCAGCUUAGCCAAAACAGUUGGGCAUGUUUUGGCUCGAAUGCACGAUGUAGACCUCAUUCACGGCGACCUCACCACCUCCAACAUGCUUCUGAAGCCCCCGCUGGCACAGCUGAGCAUCGUGCUCAUCGACUUCGGACUGAGCUUCAUUUCGGCACUGCCGGAGGACAAGGGCGUGGAUCUCUACGUCCUGGAGAAGGCCUUCCUCAGCACCCAUCCCAACACAGAAGCGGUGUUUGCAGCCUUUCUGGAGAGCUACUCCACCUCCUCCAAGAAGGCCAGACCAGUGCUAAAAAAGCUGGACGAGGUGCGCCUGCGAGGAAGAAAGAGGUCCAUGGUUGGGUAGGAGACUGUGGCAGCUGCUCGGUUGAUGCUUUUUCAAAGAAGACUUGAAGGAGUACUACGUUGAUGAGAUUCGACCUACGUAAAGUUGUGCGGGUGUUUUUAGGUGGUGUCCUGAUCAUACUUGGUGAGCGUCAUGACCUGCAACUUGCUGCUCUCAGGACUGACCAUGCAUGGAAGAUGUGUUCUGGGCAGACAGGGUAUCUAACCUCAGUCAUGGCCAGGCUCUCUCUCAGCUUGUGACAUGAAUGCCUCAUGCACAUGGGUUUGGCAUUGAGUGAUAUAAUGAGAUCAUUAUUCUCUUCAGUGCUGGUGAGGCAAGGACAAAGUCUCACUUGGCAAUGGUGUUUUGUCAGCCUCUAACCCAGCAUAUUUUUGUUGCGUGCAUGAUAUAUUCAUCUUGAAACCAAUUUUGUGGGAUACAACCAGCAUUUUAAAAAUGAAAGAAUCACAGACUAGAAAAUAUCAGUGCAUUGUUUUAUAAAGCUUGUUUCAAAUGUAUAUAUUGACAAGGGUAUAUACUGGGUUUUGUUGUAAAAUAUAUUUAUCUUUGAGGGUUGAUUAAAAUAUGUAAAAUUA